CUGAAAUUAUCCGUAACUUAUCAAGGUCAUUGGUGGAGUGAGACGCUCAAAGGUCAUUUUCGUCCAUGUUAGUCGGCCAUGUUGGAUUGCAGUUCCGUAGCUGUUCGUGUACGCGUUUGUUGUUCCAUUUAUCCUGCCGUUAUACACUACUUAUGCACAUGAAGAUGUUUCCCUGGCAGAAGCAGUUGUUUCCAGUUUGUUUGUUGGUUGAAGUUAUUCUUGUUGGCUCAGUUAAUUACUUAAUAUUUAGAUUUCGUGAAAAAAUUGUCUUUCUCGUUCAUGUUUGCAGCAUGCAACAAUCUGCGAGUGAAUCUGUUAAGGAGAACACCAUCAGAGUGUGUGUUAGCCAGUUUUUAGAAAAAGAAAUUAAAGCUGGAGAAUUUAGAACCUGGGUUGAAGUUGAAAAAGCUUUGAAGCUUUUUCAGAAGUUAACAAACACCCGAUAUAUUGUCAGAGAAUCUAAAUUAAACAAGGAUGAACCACAUGUGCAGUAUGCAUAUGGGCUGUUAGUAUGUACUUUUGGAUACAAAAGGAAGUCUCAAAGCAAUCACAUUCGCCUUAAAGGAUCUAAAUACAUUGGUUGCCCAUCAGUGAUACACAUCCGAUAUCAUUGCAAUAAAUUGAUUGUAUCAUCUGUGUAUAUGAUUCAUAAUCACUGUUGCACGCAUGAAUAUUUAAUGAAGGAUGACAGAGCACGCAAAUUAGAUGAGUCUGAAGUCUCUAUAAUUAAACCAAUGCUGUCUAUUUCAUCCGAACCUGAAAAAACUAUUGAUUACGUUGCAGAACAAUUUAAAAAAAGGAUGACGUACAAUGAUCUACCAAAUAUAAGAGCUGCUGCAGUUGAAGAUUGUGAUUUACAGUCAGUUAUUUUUUCGAGAUUGCGUCAAGUUAGGAAGUUGGUUGUAAUUCGGGAUGAAACCGAUGGAAGAAUGAAAAUAGCUUGUUUUAGUUCCAGUAGACAAAUCAAAAUUCACCACAAAUUCCCUGAGGUGGAUGUUUGCUACCAGAAAUCCACAACCCGUAUUAAGUGCUGCACCGGUGGUGACACAAAACAGUUACGUUGAAAAUACCAAAAGUUGAAGUAUAAGUUUUGUAAAUAUCUUGACGUGCGCGUAAAUGCAGGUCAUGUAGAAAAAGCA